GGUGAUUUUGUGCAGUACCGCUCAACUGAAACUAGCGCAGUACUAAUCAUGUGCUCAAACCGGUAGAAAUUAACAAAAAACUGUGGGAGUGUACGAUAGAAUUUGGUUCAAAAGUUGAUUAAAAGGACCCAAAUAGGACGUUAUGGGCCUCGGCUACAAACUAACCUUCGUCUCAUUGGCAUCGGUCUUGGCCGCAGUGGGAGCAUAUUUCUAUCAAAAAAAGAAGAAAGAAAUCCUCAUCAUCCCAUGGAGAUGGGAAGAAAUUGGGAAACUAACCAGACUGAAUCUCUACCCAUUAAAAAGCGGUCAUAGAAUCGAACUCAGUCAAGCAGAAUGCACGGAGUUUGGAUUGAGACAAACGAAAGAUGAUGAGGAGGUGUUUCAGCUCAGAGAUAGAUGCUUGGUAGUGUACUCAGAGAGCGACAAUGAAUUCCGUACUGCCAGAACCUACCCCAAGAUGGUACUCAUAGAUGUUUCAGUGCACGAUGAUAAGUACCUAGCAGUCGAUGCACCCACCAUGAGAACAUUGUAUGUUAAGAUUCCCAAUUCUCAAGACAACAAGAAUACUUUAGUUAGAUUGCACAAAGGGGAAGAAAUCUUUGCUAUUGAUUGCGGAGACGAAGCUGCAUCUUGGUUUUCAAGAUACAUUUUGGAGAAAGAUAAUGGUUUGAGGUUAGGAUUUCACGAUGCAAGUAGAGGACGGGACAUAACAAAAACGCACAAGAACAUUUUGGAUUACUAUAUUAAUUUAUCCAAUUACUCAACAGGACUGUACUCUGACUUAACUGCAAUCCUUCUGGUCAACCAAGCCUCUAUUCGCGAUUUGAACAAAAGAAUAAACAAGUCUACUGUUUCGGUAGACAAUUUCCGUCCCAACGUCAUUGUGGACGGCCCUUGCUUGGAACCAUACGCAGAGGACCAAUGGGAGUGGAUCAAAAUUGGAGACGUGGUACUACGUAAUGUCAAAGAGUGUACAAGAUGUAUUAUGACAACUAUCGAUCCAGAAAAUGCUUCCAGAAGUAGCGAUAGAGAGCCACUAAAAACACUAGAAACAUACCGUUUAAGUAAUGGUCCAAGCAGCCUACCAACCAUGGGAAUCAACUGCGAAACUAGAAAGUCUGGAUUAAUUAAGGUUGGCGACCCUGUAUAUAUCCCUAAAAGCGAUUGAGAAUGAAUUUAAUAAAAUAUUUUAAACGAAAAAGGAAACGUGGUAGUAUCUGUAAGAAAUUUUAAAUCUCUGCAGAUUAGCUAGGAUAUAAAACAUGAUCUGUAAUAUAUUUUAGAAUUCUUAAUUUAUAUAUAUUUUUUGUUCAUUUUAACAGUGAAAAUGUAGGUACUUAAUUUUAUUGCAGCCUUUUAUAAUAUACAAACUUUCAUUUUUUUUCUGACUUAUAUAUAUAAAUUUUGUUUUUUUUAGAAAUCAUCAAUUUCAGAUUAACUCUUAGACAUCAUAUAGAUGUAAUAAUAUAUUUUGUUGUUCCUAAUAUUGAUUAUUAUUGUUGAAAUGUAAUGUGAAAUAAGCUAAUACGAUAUUUUAUUUAAAUAAAACUAUUGUCUUAA